AUGGAGCUUCUCCUCCUGCCCUGGGCCCUGCUGCUGCUGGCGACAGCCCCUGGCCCAGGCCCCUGGCCUGUAGCAGGUGCCCAGGAGACCUGCGCCAACCGCUGUGGGGACCCGGGCUGGCCGUGCUCAUGCCACCCGACCUGUUUCGGCCUCGGCAGCUGCUGCCCAGACGUGCGGGACUUCUGCCUGGAGAUCAAACCCUACUCAGGCUCCAUGAUGGGCGGCAAGGACUUUGUGGUGCAGCACCUCAACUGGUCCAGCCCCCAGAGCAUCGUGAUCUGCAGGUUUAAGGAGAGCGUCCAGACCCGCGGCCACGUGGACUCCCUCGGACGUGUGCACUGUGUGUCGCCCUUGCUCUACGAGACCGGCCGCAUCCCCUUCACACUCUCCAUGGACAAUGGCAUGAGCUUCCCUCGCUCAGGCACCUGGCUGGCUGUUCACCCCAGCAAAGUGUCAGAGACAGAGAAGAGCCAGCUGGUAAAUGAGACCCACUGGCAGUACUAUGGCACCACCGGCGCCAGGGAUGACCUCUCCCUAACCUGGGACAGCUCUGCUCUGCCCACCAACACCGUCACCAUCGAGCUGUGGGGCUACGAGGAGACAGGGAAGCCAUACUCAGGGCAAUGGAUGGCAAAGUGGUCAUACCUGUACUCCCUGGCCACAAAAGUCCCCAACUCGGGCUCCUUCACCUUCACUCCAAACCCAGCGCCUCAGAGCUACCAGAAAUGGGAAGUGGGUGCCCUUAGAAUCAUCAGUGACACACACUACAUGGGGCAGAAGGACGUGCAGGCGCUCUGGAGCAACGAGCACGCGCUGGCCUGGCACCUGGGCGAGGACUUCCGGGCGGACGCCGCGGCCUGGGCCCGCUCCCGGUGCCUGGCCUGGGAAGCGCUGGAGGACCAACUGCCCAACUUCCUGGUGGAGCUGCCUGACUGCCCCUGCACCCUGGCCCAGGCCCGGGCUGACUCUGGCCGCUUCCACACGGACUACGGCUGUGACAUCGAGCAGGGCAGCGUGUGCACCUACCACCCAGGGGCCGUGCACUGUGUGCGCUCCGUGCAAGCCAGCCCCCAGUUCGGCGCAGGCCAGCAGUGCUGCUACACGGCAGACGGCACGCAGCUCCUGACAGCUGACUCCACCAGCGGCAGCACCCCUGACCGUGGCCACGACUGGGGUUCGCCCCCAUUCCGUGCGCCGCCCCGUGUGCCUGGCCUCUCCCACUGGCUCUACGAUGUCAUCAGCUUCUACCACUGCUGCCUCUGGGCGCCCGAGUGCUCCCGCUACAUGCGUCGUCGGCCCUCCAGCGACUGCCGCACCUACCGGCCCCCUCGCCUGGCCUCUGCUUUCGGGGACCCACACUUUGUCACCUUUGAUGGUGCCAACUUCACAUUCAACGGGCGCGGCGAGUAUGUGCUGCUGGAGUCCGAGGUGACCAACCUGAAGGUGCAGGCUCGAGCCCAGCCCAGGACAACGCCCGAGGCCCCAGGCCUGCAGGACAAAGGCACCGGGCUGACUGCCGUAGCCGUCCAAGAGGGCAACUCUGACGUGGUGGAGGUCCGGCUGGCCAACGGCACGGGGCGCCUACAGGUGCUGCUGAACCAGGAGCCGCUCACCUUUGCCGAGCAGAGCUGGAUGGACCUGAAGGGCAUGUUCCUGUCAGUGGCUGCUGAGAAAAACGCAUCAAUCAUGCUGUCAUCGGGGGCAGGCCUGGAGGUCAGCGUCCAGGGUCCCUUCCUUAGUGUGACCAUCCUGCUGCCUGAGGCAUUCCUUAACCGCACGCAAGGCCUCCUUGGGACACUCAAUGACAACCCCGCAGAUGACUUCACCCUGCGCAACGGGAAGGUCCUGCCCCCGACUGCAAGUUCCCGAGAGCUGUUCCCGUUUGGGGCUAGCUGGGCCGUGGAGAAUGCCUCCUCCCUGCUCACCUAUGACUCUCGGUUCCUGGUCAACAACUUCCUGUAUGGGCCCAAGCAUGACCCUACCUUCCAGCCGCUCUUCCCCGAGGACAUCUCCCCCAGCCCCGAUCAGGAGACUGAGGCAGCCAAACUGUGUGGGGACAACUAUUUCUGCAGCUUUGAUGUUGCAGCCACUGGGAGCCUGAGCGUGGGCAAUGCCACACGGGUGGCCCACCAGCUACACCAGCAUCGUGUGCAGAGUCUGAAGUCUGUGGUGUCCUGUGGCUGGCUGGAGCCCCCCUCCAAUGGGGUGAAGGAGGGCAGCAAGUACCUGAAGGGCUCCACUGUCUACUUCCACUGCAACAAUGGCUACAGCCUGGAGGGGUCGCAGGUCAGCACCUGCCAGGCUGAUGGCACCUGGUCCAGUCCUACCCCGUCAUGCCAGCCUGGACGGAGCCACACUGUGCUGCUGAGCAUCAUUUUUGGAGGCCUGGCCCUGGUGGCGCUGGUCGCACUGGUUUACGUGCUCCUGCGACGUAGGAAAAGCAACAGGACCCCGUGGACUUCGCAGCCCUGAAGGGAGCACGCUUGGCCAGCGACUCGGUACACAGGCCACUCGGGGGCCGAAGACCAGCCUCCCCGGAGAAAGCCCCAAACUCCCAAGAGCAGGCACCCCAGUACCUCAAUCCCCAAAUCCUUAGCGCCUGGACCUGGACACCUGAAAACUGAGCCUUUGAUGCCUGUGGACCUGAGGCCUAUUGCCCUGCUCUGUGACCUCGGCCCUGGGCCCCGACCUCUAACCGUGCAGCUCCCGAGACCUUGUUCCCCAAGCAGUCGCUGCUCUAAUUCUCCAGACUCAGACUCUGUGCCCUGAGUUCUAUCCCCUGCCUCCUCAGCCCUCGUACUCCAGCGUCUGAUACUCAGUUGCCAAUACCUCGGAACUGGCGUCUGGUGCCCGUGCCCCUGAGACCUGGUGCCCUAACACUGGAGCCCUGGAGCCCAACUGCCUUGAUUCCCAGACCAACCUGGGCCCAGCCAAGAUUGCAGGUGCGCCCAGUCUGGGGCAUGGAGAGGCCACAGGAACCCCAAGCAAAGAGUCACCCUCUGAUCUCUAAGCUUGUAAUUCUAAC